AUGAUUCAAUUUUUAGAAAGAAUCAACCGAAAUGAGAAAAAAUCAACUGAAUAUAAUGAUCAAAUUUUAAAUCGAUCAUAUGGCUCGUUAAGCCGACGAAAAAAAGAUCGAAUUAUCGGAAGUGAAGAAAGAAUACAUCAAAGAUCUCAUAGUGUUGGCAACGAUAAUCAUUUCUCAAUUUGUUUGUCACCGUAUAAGCAAAAUCUCAGCAAUAUGGUAUCAACUCGAUACAGUAGUAAUCAUUCAGGUUGCAAUAGUGGUAGUAACACUGGUGGUAAUGGUAGUAGUAGUAGUAGUAGUGGUAAUGGUAACGGUAAUGGAUUGUUAAAUCCGUUCAAAGCAACGAAGAAAUUUUUCAAAAAGAUAUAUGAUACAGCAACAUUACCUAGUCGAUUACAUUCAAAAGUAUUAGCUUCAAGUGUAAUAGAACAAAACGAAAUUCCAACAACAUCAAUAUCAUCAUCAUCAAAAUAUUCAUUUUUUGAUGCAAGUUAUUCCUUGGAAUUACCGGAUGAUGAUGAGCCAUCAUAUCAGUAUGAUUAUGAUAUUAUCAAUUCAAAUACAACAAAUUCCUGCAUUAUUGCCAAUCAUGAUUCUAAUUCUGCACCAUUAAUAAUGAAACCAGUAAGGGUAAUUGAAGAUACAAUGAAUAAUGAUUCGGGUUUGUCACGAUCAAUAAGUUCCAAUGAUUCACAAAAAACAUCUUCCGGUGAUUUUCGUUCCUGGAAUGAAGUUUUCAAUCAUCUCAAACGUGAAAUGGCCUAUAUGCGGCAACGUGAUGCGCAAAUUUUUGCUGACUUACAAUUUGUGGAACGUCAAUUACGAAAUGUGAAAAAUCAGGCCAUGGGAAAAUGCGAUCAUGCAAUGAGUAAUAACAAUAAUAAUAAUAAUAUUGAUGACAUUAAUGGCAAUGAUAAUAAUAAUGAUAAUAAUAAUAAUAACAAUAAUAAUAAUAAUAACAAUAAUAAUAAUAAUAGCAUAAAUAUGAAUAAUAAUAGUGAUAGACAUAUUUUGAAUAAACGACAAAUUAAAUUAGGCGAAUUAGUUGAAAGUAUGCCAUUAUAA